AUGGUAUCAAGUGCUGGCGGUUGGGGAACUGUCAAGAAACCAUUUUCUGUAAACUCUCCUUGGAAUAGUCAACCAGUCAACCCAAAAUUCGCUGCCAAUGUAACCAUUCCAAGAUCCAAAUACUAUCCAAACAUUGAUUCUGGAUCUCUUUCAGUUGGUAUCUUUGAAACUUCUCCAACAGAUAAACCAAUGACUGUCUAUCCAAGUACUAGUUCAGGUAUUGCUGAUAAUGAUGUUGGUGGCUAUGUCCAAAGCAUUACAAUUCCUCGUUGGCCAGAGAAGGCACUUCCAGCUACUGGUGGUGAUGGACAUUGUGAUAUAUAUGAUACCACUGCAAAUAUUGUUCACUCAUUUUGGCAAUUGAAAAAAGUGAAUUCGACAUGGGUUGCAGUUUUCUAUGCAUGGACAAAGGUUGAUGGAACAGGUUGGGGAGAUCCAGCUCACUUUUAUCAAGGAGCUAGAGCUGCUGCUGUUCCUCCAUCUGGUGGAAUUUUAAGAACUCAUGAAAUAGAUGAUGGUGAUACCAUGUUUAGACAUGUCUUGGCCAUGUCCUUGGAUUUUACUGGACUUUCUCCUGAUCCACGUUAUGUCUUUCCAGCAACACAUGCAGAUUAUGGUGCUGCUUGGUUGAAUACUGGUAAAAUUCCUGAAGGUGCACUUGUCAUGCUUCCUUCAACAUUUGACACUUCCAAAAUUUUAACAACCAAAUUGAAGAAAGUAGCAGAAACAUUGAAAGUUUAUGGAGCUAGAGUAGUUGAUCAAAAUGAUGGCACUCCUUUUGCAUUAUAUGCUGAAAUUGGAUCCAAUUAUACUUUACAUCCAGGUGGUUGGAGUUCAACUGCAGCCACAGAUUUGGAUAACAUUCGAGAUGCUUUAAGAAUGGUUGAAUCUGUUGAUGGUUGGUUAAAUGGUGAUGGUCAACCGGUGACUUUUACAACAAAUCAAAAUAUUGUUUCAAUGCGUGGGCCAUGGACAAAAUUUACAGGAACUGGAAAUAUUGGAGCAUUUGACACUUAUAGACAAGCUGUUGUCUUUCCACCAAAUAAUGUUACCUUCACUAGAACUUACAUGGUCAAUGCAAAUGAAAAUGGUUUUAGACAAGUGACUUGGGCAAAACCUAUUCCAGGACAAGUGUAUAAUAUGACAGCUGUUACUACAGGUGGAGGUCAAGUGAGAUUACUUUUCAUUUUGGAUUGUAAUAAUCAGACAAAGACUGGUGGGACUCCUUAUUUGAAUAAUGGUCAAUUCAGUGUUUUCACAUGGCCAACCAAGUAUUGUUAUUCACAACUCUUGGCAGGUAGUGGAACAACUCUGAAUCUGGAAUCAUCUUCCUCUUGUACUAUUUUCAAGGUUGAAACUCCUUCCACUCCGCAAACCAGUACUUCCUCUAGUGGAAUUAUUGCAGUCAACUCAACCAAUACUCCUCAACCAGGUAAAUCUGCAAUAAUUGGAGAAGAGAAAAAUUCUCUAGCAAGUAGACAAGUUGUCCUAGGAUUGACAUGUCUAUUGAGUGUAUUACUUUUCCAAUUAAUUUUAUUGUAA